AUGGUUCUUUUACCUCUUCUUUUUUUGUUUACCUAUGCUGUUGAUGUUAAUGAAACAGAAUUCAACAGAGAAAUAAUUUGUGGAGAUGGUAGAUGGGAUUCUUACAAUGAAGAAUGUGAUAGCACUGCUGGGUGUGGGAAUGACUGUUUAUGUAAAGAAGGAUACAACGCUGAUGGAAAGGGACAUUGUAUUAUUUCUUGUAUGUAUGGAGAUGCAUGUGUUACUGGUUGUCUUGCCCCAGAUAUAUGUGAAGUAUGUAAUGAAAGUUUAGGAUAUACUGCUGAUUGUCAAGGGUGUAAUGAUACAUACAUGUGGUAUGGUGAAGGAAAAUGCAAAGAAGUUCAAAUUGACAAAGUAAAAGGAUGUGGUGACGUGUUCACUAGUUCCAGUGAUACCUCUGAUUACGAAAUUAAAUUAAAUUUUACAAGCACUAUGAAACAAAUUAACAAAGAGGUUACUCCAGCAGCUCCUGAACAAUUAUAUAUCAAUAGAUGUACUCGUUAUGUACAUCCCACUAAACCAUAUACCUAUGGACAAUACUUAAAAGUAACGUUACCAGCUGGACAAGAAAAUACUUAUAUUUCUAUUGCAAUUGAUAAACAGUAUAAUAGAGAUGAUUUAGUUCUUGCUCAACUUCAAGAACAAAAAGAAGGACAUGAAUUUGGAAUUAUAAUUCAAGAAGAUUGUAUUAGUGGUACAAAUCUGAGAGACAAAGUUAAUUGUUUAUAUAGAAAUGGAGGAUUAAGUGAAUACAUUUUAUCUCCCAGGGUUGUUACUUGGAUGAAUGCAGACUCAACUCAAUAUAUCUUUAUUCAUAAAAAAUAUGCAUCAUCUCCAAUGACUAAAUUUCAAAUUUUCUUUACUAAAGUUAAACACCCCUGUUCUAAUAAUUAUUAUGACAUUGAUUGGAAUGACAUUGCUGGUGAUGGAUAUUCAAGGAUAGUUAAUUUAGAACAUACCCUUAACUCUCGUUCUAUUUGUUCUAAAGAUCUUAUUAAAGGAUUUUGGUUUAGAAUUAAAGGUGCUGAACAAACAAUUGUUAUUUCUACUUGUCAAUCAGAAAAUUAUGACGUUUCUUUAGAUCUUAUAAAAACUAAGACUGAUACUUCUAAUGCUGAAGCAGGAUCAAUUAAUUGUGAAUCAUCUGAUUCUGUCGAAUGUGUUAAGUCACGUUCCGAUGGAUGUGGAACUAAUUCUAAAUUAGCUAAAAUGGUUGUUACUUUAUCUGAAGACAAUACUUAUUACCUGUUUCUUGGAAUAAAUGAAGAAUAUUCUGCAGAAGUACUUUUAACAGUUGACACUACUUGUCCUUUAAGUUGUGGUGAAAAUGGAAUUUGUUCUGCUUAUUCAGGUAGAUGUGAAUGUAAACCUGGAUUUGUUUUUAAAGAUGAAGGAUGUACAGAAUGUGGUAAUGGUGUUGUUGAUGCUAAUGAAGACUGUGACUUAUCUUCAGGUGUUAAUGAUACACAAUGUACUGAGUCAUGUAACUGUGCUUAUGGUACUAAGCCAAUGUCUCUCUCAUACAAUGGAAAAACUGAAAUUAAAUGUGCAGUUCCAACAUGUGGAAAUGGAAAAAUUGAUGAAUUUGAAGAAUGUGAUGGAGGAUAUGGAUGUGAUCAUUGUGUUUGUGUAGAUGGAACAAAAAAAUAUGCAAAAGCUAGAUUUGGAUGUAUCCCUGCUACAUGUGGAAAUAAAAAAUGGGAUGAAGGAGAAGAAUGUGAUGGAGGAUAUGGAUGUAUUGAAUGUGAAUGUCAAGAAGAUUGGUUUGAAAAUGAACAAGCAGAUUGUACACGACUUUCUAAAGCAAUGAAGAAUUUCUUGUUCUGGGGAAUAGGAGCAUGUGUUUAUCUUUUUAUUUAUAUUGUUGGAUUUAUAAUUUGUUUACUAUUAUUCUUCAGAUUAACUAAAAAGAUAAAACAAGAAAUAGAAGAUGAAAAGAUGACAAUAUUUGAAAAUACGGUUAUUCCAUUUGAUAAAACAAAUUCACAAUUUAUUGAUAUUAAAACUAAAAAUGAUUAUUUCUCAUUCUCUUCUAAUGUUAUUGAAUUCCCUGAUUUAAGACCUGAAAUUAAUGAUCCAGUUGAAACUAAAAUUGUAUUAACUAAUAAUUGGAAACAACCAUUACAUUUUACAUUCCAUUCUGGUGAUUAUACCAAAUAUGAAAUUAUGUGUAAACCAUUUACUGGUACUAUUAGACCAGGUGAUUAUGUUGAAUUAAAUAUUACUUUUAUGGCUAAAUGUACUACAUUAUUAAAUGAAAAAGUACCAAUUACUUUAAGAUAUGGUCAAUUAGGAAAUAUUUUAAAAGAUAUUAAAAGAGAAAAUCCAGAUUUAAUUGCUCAAAAUUCCCAAUCAAGUCAAAACAGUGAAAGUGAGGGUGGAAGUUCUCUUUCAUCAAAUAAUAAUGCUAAUUCUUCUUCUAAACAAUUAUCUUCUAAUGGACAAAAAUCUCAUCCUUCAAAGUCUCAUGCUUCUGGAAGUGCAAAAUCUAAAUCAGACUCUGAAACUUCUACAAAAAAGAAGAAAAAAGGAAAAUCUAAAAUAUCUAAAUUCCAUGUUUAUUUAAGUCUUCAAGUUGAAUCUGCUCUUUCUACUAAAUUAGAUUAUGAAGAAAUUCAUUUACAACAUCCACCUAUUGGUGGUGGUACAUUUGGUAUUGUUUAUCGUGCUGAAUGGAGAAGAGUUGAUGUUGCAGUUAAAGUAAUGAAAACUGAUUUAGUUGGAUUAGCUGAAUUAUUACCUAAUUUCAGUCAAGAAGCAGAAAUGAUGGAACGUAUUCGUUGUCCAUAUAUUGUAAAUUUCAUUGGAAGCGUUACUACACCUGAUACAUUAUGUCUUGUAACCGAAUUUUGUCCAUUAGGAUCAUUAAGAAAAUUCAUGAAAACAAAUCCACUAACAGACUUAUUAAAAGUUAGAUUCUGUCAAGAUAUAGCACGUGGUAUGGAAUAUUUACAUCAAAAUGAUAUUCUUCAUCGUGAUUUAAAAACUGAUAAUGUUUUGGUUUAUUCUAAAAAUCCACAUGAUCCUAUUACUGCUAAAGUUACUGAUUUUGGUACUUCUCGUUCAUUUAUUGAAUCAUCUGGAAAAAUAGCUUUACAAAAUAUUGGUACACCUGUAUAUAUGGCACCAGAAAUUAGUAGAAAAGAUCAAAUGACAUUAAAAUCAGAUGUAUAUUCAUUUGCUAUUUGUAUGUUAGAAAUUUGGUUAGGAAGAGAUCCAUAUGAUCCAGCAAAAUUCCCUGACUCUGAUUCAAUAUUAAGAUUUGUAGGAGCAGGAAAAAGACUUGAUAUUUCUGAAGAUUGUUUAUUAAAAGAUGUUAUUGAACAAUCUUGGAGACACAGUCCAUCAGAAAGACCUACAUUCAAAGAAAUUGGUGUUAUGUUAGAUUCUAAGUUUAAGAUAGUUAAUGAUAAAUCAAAAUCAGAUUCUCAUAGAGAUCAGUCUGCUUCAACAAAAACUGAAACAAGAUCAAAAGAACCUUCUUCAGAAAGAGUCUCAACAACUAACACAACUGAAGAAAGUAUUGAAGCAUCAGUAUCAUCACAAGUUCCUGAAACUGGAGUAGAAAAUGAUUAA